AUGGAGACCAGACAGAGCUCCGGUACCGUCGUGACCACGAGCAGUACUAGUCCUUACGUGGAAUUCGAAAACUUUUCUCCGACUUCUGGGUCAUACCACAGACAGUUUGUGCGAAGCCCAUCGGGUGUCUUGAUCUUUUCCGAAGUCGUGCUUGGUCUGCUGGUGUGGACUCUUAUAGCAGGAACAGAGUAUUUCCGUGUGUCUCCGUUCGGCUGGGUCAUGUUUGUGGCUGUGUUCUACUGGGUACUCACUCUCUUCCUCCUCAUCCUCCUCCUCAGCAUGGCCCACACACGAAUCCCACAUGUGCCCUGGACUGGUGUAGUCUUGGUAUUCAACUGCAGCGCUGCCCUGCUUUACCUGGUGGCUGCCAUCGUGGAGGCAACAGUUGUGGGCCGCGGAAGCAGAGGUCACCAUAACUACAACAGCUGGGCAGCGUCCACGUUCUUUGCUUUCCUGGUGACACUGUGCUAUGCAGGCAGUGCUUUCCUCAGCCUUAGGUCAUGGCAAAGCAGACAAGAUGGAAGCUGA